CGAAAUGCAUCCGACGCCUUCCACAUAAACCCCCGGCCGACGAGGCGGCCGCAGAAGAGAGAAGCCCCUUCUAGUCGCGCGUCCCGAGAUUCGUGUCGGUCACGCCGGCGCGCACCGCCUCGCCGCCAAAUCCCGGGACCCGCCGCCGCAAGACGCCUACCCAUCCUCUCGAUUCUGGUCGCGCCCCUGCCCGACCUAGCACGACGCACGCCGACGGCGAUGCCUCCGAAGUCCAGGAAGGCGAAGGGCGGCCGCGGUUCCCCGCGGAAGGUCCAUAAGAAGGCCGCCGCCGUCCCAGAACCUAGCCCCGACCACGAGUACCCCUACGACGCCGAGGUCCCCAAUGCCGCGGCGGCCGCCGACGCGCUAGAGCGCCUCGACGUCUCCGCCGAGACCGCUGAGGAUGCUCCCGUUGAGACGCCGCCUCCCCAGCCCGAGGUCCCCGCGCCGCCGCCUGCUCAGCCGCACAUGGAAGCUUCGUCGUCUGGGAGUGCUGCGGCGGAUGGGGGCCGGGAGGAAGAGGCCAUGAGAAGGCUGCAGGAGCUGGUGGGGAUCGGUCGCGAAGAGGCGGAGUUGACUGAGGAGGAGGCGCGCGCGAAUGAUCAGAGGCAGGAGGACGAGAUAUGUGCCCUGGAAGCAAUUUUUGGCGACACUGUAGUCAUUUUCAAUAGAAAUGAAGGCCAGCGGUCUUUCCAGGUUCACGUGCAUAUUGAGAUCCCAGAUGGUACAGAUGUAUCAGUGAGGCUAAGUUAUGGUGCUGGAACACUAAAUUAUAAGGGAAUACGUGAUGGUGAUGCCUCUGAUGAUCUUGUUUACAAGUUUAGAGUUGAGCAUUUACCUCCAAUCCUGUUAACAUGUCUCCUGCCUUCGUCAUACCCAAGUCAUCAACCUCCCUUUUUCACCAUGUCCACCGAAUGGCUGGACAAAGUGAUGAUUUCGUCAUUAUGUCACAUGCUGGAUAUAAUCUGGGAAGAGCAACAUGGCAUGGAAGUAAUAUAUCAGUGGGUCCAAUGGCUCCAAAGCUCUUCCCUUUCUUACUUAGGGUUUGAUAAUGAGAUAGUCUUAAGCAAGGGUGGUCUAACAUCUGUUGAAGAUGGUGGAGAUAAGCAUGCUUGUCCAGACAAUGCUGCACCUGAUGUUACAAUUCCAAGAAUUAUUAGAUACAAUGAUGAUAAGCGACAUGAAGCCUUUUUGCAUGCUAUCCAUGACUGCAUGAUUUGUUUCAGCGAGUUUCCUGGUGUUGAUUUCAUCAAACUUCCAUGCCAUCAUUUCUUUUGCCAGAAAUGCAUGCAAACAUAUUGCAAAAUGCAUGUCAAGGAAGGAACUGUAGUGAAGUUAUUGUGUCCUGAUACAAAAUGUCAAGGCAUUGUUCCUCCCAAUAUAUUGAAAAGGCUGCUGGGGAAGGACGAAUUUGAACGUUGGGAAGGGUUGCUUCUUCAGAGAACUCUUGACGCCAUGGCUGAUGUAGUUUAUUGUCCUAGAUGUCAAACUGCUUGUUUGGAAGAUGCAGGCGAUGAAGCUGUGUGUUCAGGUUGUUUAUUCAGCUUCUGCACACUCUGUAGAGAGCGCCGUCAUGUUGGGGUGGAAUGUUUAAGUCCAGAAGAAAAGCUUCUUAUUUUGGAGAAACGCCAAAAGUCAGGGCUAGUAAAUGGAGAUAUCCAGAAGAUUAUGGAUGAAGUACGCAGUGUCAAGGAAAUUUUGAAGGAUGCAAAACAGUGCCCACGAUGCAAAAUUGCUAUAUCUAAGACAGAAGGAUGCAAUAAGAUGACCUGUUGGAACUGUGGGCGGUUCUUCUGCUACCAAUGCAAUGCUGCAAUUAGUGGAUAUGAUCAUUUCAAGGGUGAUUGUGUGGUAUUCGAUCAGGAGGAACUUGAUAGAUGGGAAUUGGAAAAUCGGAACCAACGCCAAGCUGUUGCACAAGCGCAUGCUGACAUGUUUGAAGGAGAAUAUGCUUACCCCUGUCCCACUUGCCGCCAACCAACUCCAAAGAUUGGAAACAACAACCAUCUCUUCUGUUGGGCAUGCCAACGACACUUCUGUGCAUUAUGCCGGAAGCAUGUCCACAAGACGUCAGAGCACUUUGGUCCCAAGGGAUGCAAGCAACAUACUGCAGAUCCCUGAAUGCAGUUUUCCCUUAUGCGGAGCGCCUCAAUACCAAUGCAGUUUCUAAAGGUUAUGCGCGUGUAUGCACAUACACUCUCCGAUGCAUUUGCCUCGGCGGUACAACAUUUGGCCGCUUCUCAACCCUCCGUCUUCUACUCCUAACAGGAGCUCAGCAAUUUAUAUUCAUGAACAGAAAUGCACUUCUUUACUCCAUUCAUUUCCGUAUCUACUGUUGAGAAGAAUUUGCAUGUUGCUGUCAAAAAAAGAGAGAGAAGAAUUUGCACGUUCAGGAUGCCAGCUAUCCCCUUUAUACCAUGAGCAGAAUCGUUGCAGUAAAAACCUUCCAAAAAUCUUUGGUAUACUAUUGUUUCUUGUGUUGUGAUUGGGUCUAUGCGAAGGAACUUAAUAGUCUUUUGUGGUAUGUUUCUCUUUCUGAUUGCCUUUUUGAUACCUGUGAUGAGUUGAGUUGAAAGUACCGUGUACACCUAUCUUCGUUCGAUAAAGCAAUAUACACAUUUUGUUGCAA